AUGAAGUUCGGCUGUCUGUCCUUUGGAAAGCCUUAUGUGGGUAUUGUCUUAAAUGGUGUCAAGACCCUGGAAACGUGGUGGUGGCCCAUGCUAUGUGGCCACUGCCACUGUGCCCUGGCCAUCCACAUCGCACACUGGGACUCUGAAGACUCGGCCUGGUGGGAGAUGCUGGAGCAGAGGCUGGGGAUGAGCCCCGCCCAGACCCAGGCCUUGCUGCAGGACAGGGACAAGUUCGGCUGUGGAGUGAUCAUGGGUCUUGUGGUCAUUGGGGGCACUUUGCUGUGUCCCAAAAACCUAGAUCCUGACCAGGUGGAGGAGCUGGAGAAUCAAGGCCUGCUACCCGACCUGCAAGAGAAUGCACAGAGGUGAAGGUCGCAUCCUCCACGAUCCUCCAGAGCUUCCUGGGGAAGGACAGCCCAAAGCUGGCGUUGUUCUCAUCCUCGUUGCCCAUUUCUGGGUUCGGGCCCUGUGGGGGCAGAUUGUCAUGGAGGCCUGGAUCUGGGCUCUCAGGCCUCCUUUCUGUCACCUCAGAGACAUCAUGGAGCACUGAGAAGAGGAAGAUGUGAGAAGGCAGAAAGUCGAGCC